AUUUCGCGUUUCCUAAAAGGCAUCGACAGUUAUUUAUCAAGUUUUCGUGAAACGCUUAUGUCAUAAACUGAACUAUCCGUCGAAUCUGCCCAAAAUCCUCGUACGGUGGAAUUAAAGAACCACGAGGAGUUAACAAUAACGCGGAGGCGCGUGUGAAUACUGAAUUAUUGUGAUGGCGGCCGUGGAUGGAGCAGCUACAGGAGUCCAAGACCAACAACAGCAGCCGCCAGCAAGGGCCGUCGAGAGGCUGAAUACGGCCGUCCAACAGCAGCUCAAUCUUGAGUCAGUCAGGACUCGAGCCAAUAGCCUUUACAAAGCAAUUUCUCGCAUCCUCGAAGAAUUUGACGCAAUUUCACGCGCCAACGCCGUCCCCAAAUGGCAAGAUGUUGUAUCGCAAUUUUCUAUGGUGAAUUUGGAGCUGUUCAACAUUGUCGAGGACAUUAAGAAUGUUUCCAAGUCUUUUGUUGUGCAUCCUCGGAAUGUCAAUGCCGAGAAUGCAACAAUUCUACCUGUUAUGUUGUCAUCUAAACUUUUGCCCGAGAUGGAAAUAGACGACAACACCAAGAGGGAACAGUUGUUACAGAGCAUGCAGAACAUGCCAGUUUCGGCACAAAUUGAAAAGCUAAAAGCUAGAAUUGAUAUGAUUGGAGCAGCCUGUGAAAGUGCAGAGAAAAUGAUAGCCGAUACUCGUAAAGCCUACUUUGGCACUCGACAGGGGCCGACAAUUCUUCCAACUAUUGACAAGGUUCAAGCAGCAAAAAUACAAGAACAAGAAAAUUUGCUUCGGAGUGCUGUAAAUCAUGGUGAAGGGUUAAGAAUAUCUGGAGACCAAAGGCAGAUAACAUCUACACUUCCAGUGCAUUUGGUAGACGUCUUUGCUGCCAGUGAUGGUCCCCAGAAUUAUUCGGAUGCAUCUGGAAUGUAUCUGAAGAAUACACCUCCGCUUUCGUCAACCAGCAAUAACAGCCAGGGUAACGUGCUACAGGCUUCUGGAGCACAACUUCUCGGGAGAUCAGCAGCUUCCCCAUCUGGUGCUACGGUUAAUACUUCGUUUGACAACACAACAGCAUCACCUCUGCAAUAUGCCAAUUCGCCGAGAUCCAGUGCAAACAUGAUGAACACGCCGUCUCCUCAGCAACAGUCACUCCAGCAACUGCAGCGGCAGAAAAUAAUGCAAGCACCUCAGCAUCAACAGCUCCUGGCCCAACAGCAGUUUAGGCAAUCUUCAAUGAACAUGGGACAGAGCCAACUGGCACAGAUGCAUGAUAUGCAGGGCCAGGGACAACAAAAGUUUCAGCAGGUAAUAUCACAUAUGCAUGGCCAGCAACAUAUGCAGUUCUCUCAGCCAUUGGCAGCCCAACAACUUCAGGCUAGGCAGCUUGCGUCAGGAGCAAUGCACAUGAAUCAAAACCAAAUGACCCAAGGAAACCAGCUGAGUCGUCAAUUAAACCAGUUCUCUAGCCCUGCAAAUAAUGCAAUGUUUAUUUCUGCCCAAACUACACCGUCUCAGACAAUUUCAAAUGUGUCAGCUAUGAUGUCAUCACAAUCACUCUUUCCGAGAAAUCAGUUUGGAAUGUCUGGUGGCAAUCGGAAUCUUCCUUCCCAAAAUCUUAGCGAUCAAAUGUUUAACAUGGGAGCAGCCAAUUCCGGUGGCAUGAUGCCCAUCCAGCAGCAGCAGCAGCAGCAGCAUAACUCACAAGGUGCAUUCGGAAACAUGCAGCAAAGUGGACAGAAUCUACAACCUAACAUGGUACAGAUGCAAAACACGGCACAGAAUCUUCCCAACUUUCAGCAGUCGAGGCCACAAAACCAGCAAUAACGCACUGAACACCGAACUUGAGCGUUCGUUAUCUAUGUCUGAACUCAGUAUGGUCGGGAAAUAAGGUUAUGAUUUUUUUUUCUUUCUAUAUCAAUGGUUUCCAAUUGUCUUCAUGUUGGAGGCAUAAAUUAUACAAUAUGUUGGUAGGAAGGAAUAGGCAAGUAUUGGGAAGAAUAAAUGUAGAAAAGGAAGUUUAUAAUCUUAUUCAUUAUAUGGUUGAGUUCAGUGUGCCGCCUACCAAAAUUGCACUUGCAACUUGAAAACCGUUUAGGAUUUUGAGUUCAAAUUUAUUUCUUCGCAUUCCAUUUUUCAAUGUUCUACAAUUCUAGUGUUUGUAAUGCAGUACAUUAUGGCAUGUAUCCGAUGUUAUCCAACAAUGUAUUGUUACAAUUUUUCAUUAAUAGAAUCGCCGAGUUUUCCUCAACUU